UACAGUACCAGUGCCAGUACCAGUACCAUACCAGCCCCAGCUAGCCCAGGCCAAUUCCUCCUCAACCACCGUGAACCGCUAAACCACCGCUAAACCACCACCACAAGCGCUACAUCUCAGCAUCACCGCCCACUUCACCACUUCAACCACUUCCACUUCCACUCCUCUCGUCCCCAAAUCUCCCCAAAUCUCCCCAAAUCUCUCCAAACCCCCCUCUUCCCUCUCUCGUUCGAUCCUCUGCUGCCUCAUGUCCUCUUCAUUCUCACCUCUAUUCUCUCCCCCUUGCCCUUCCCUUUCUCCACUUCCAUGGUCACUUCCAUGGUCAUUCGUUUUCUAAGCCCUAUGCAUCUCGCUACGUGCUUGGCUACCACUGCUAUUUAGCCAGCACUUUGCUGCUCCAGCUGAGCCCAUCAAGGUCGGGCCCGUCUCUCAUCGCCACCGUCGCCACCGUCGCCACUAUUUAUCCCACCUUUACGGGCUUAAACGAGCCUCCUCCCGUUUCCGUUUCGCUGUUCCAGGCCCUCUGAUCUCGAUGCUCAGCUCGUGGCGGUUCAUGUGAUGAGUAUGGAUAGUAAUCCACCCAUGAGCUCGCCGCCUUCAAUUCUCGUCUGUGACUUCAACCAUUCAAUCAACGAUCGCCGUCGAUCGCCUGCUUCCAAGUCUACAGCGCUCAAUCUUCCCUUCCGGUCUCUUUCGACUUCACCCAGUCCAAUGGCCAUUCCAAAUGCGAAAGAGCCUGUGGCACCGCCGCCACUACCCCCACCUCGGUACAUUGAAGAUCUUGCAAUUGGGCACGACUCUGGAUGGAAAUGGGGGAAUAGUUUCGAGGAAGGAGGGUUUGGGAAACCUACUCUGCCUCCCAUAAAACCGUCAUCGAGCCUUGUAGGUGGUGGUCACAGUCGCCCAGAGCUGGUCCGCCGAACUGAGAGAGUUACCUUGGACAGAGAUAUCAAAAGGAGCAGCGCGAUGUCGCCUGCCGAAGUCUCGUCAUCAUUGAGGAACAGAUCUUCAUAUUCGACAUUGAGAGGCACUUCCUUCCCUAGUCCAGCUGCUUCUAGUCUACCGAGUCCACGUUUACAAGGAGAAAAACCGCUAUCCGAGAAGAGUGUAGAACGAUCCUCCAAUGCUUAUGAUCAGCACCUGCUCUCUAAAAUAGGCAAACCGAGCUCCCCUCCUCGCCUAUCUGCCAGUCUAGGGAGUUUCAGUCAAAAGGAGUUUACGACACUCCCGUUUCACUCAAAAAAUCGAAAUGGACUUUCAAGCCUGUCAAUUGGAGAUGGAUCUCUGAGUCCUCGUGAUGCAGCAUCUCGCUGGCAAAGCGGACCUCAAUCUGCCGGAAUAUCGCCAGGGACCCGGCCAGGGUGGACAGAUUAUGUCAGCUGUCGUAGCCCGAGUGUUGAUAGCACCACACCUCAUCACAUUGAUUUCGAUCACUUCCGGGAUAGGAACCUCUCCCCCGGGACACAUCAUGCGAAUGACGACGCAACCAGCCUAUAUAGUCGAUCCAAUAGGGGUAGUUAUGACCAGAAUCUUUUUCCUGAUUCAGAUAUAGAGUUCCCAAUAGACGAAGCAGCGCAGUCUAGGCAGUUAAGCGUUGAUGAACACGGGCCAUCUCAGUUGGGUGGCAUGUCUCCAUUGUCUAGACAGGGUAUGAAACGAAGAGCUUCAUCUCCACCACGAGGAGCCGUUUCGGACGAACUGCAUGCUCUUCACACAAGCGCCAGCAACGGUGAUCUAGACCAACGUAGAACAUCUGGAUUUCCAUUCAAUGGCUGCACAUCACCUGGUGCCCGGUACCAGCCAAGUCAUGGCUCUAUCUCCUCAGUGUCUUCGGCAAGCUUGCGAACUGGUUCCUAUGCAUCGUCCACAGGACUCUCUGCUGCAGCUAGCAGCAUGACCAGCUUGUCCUCUUUCGAUCGCCCUUCUCCUGGAGGAAUCUCUCCAACGACAGAUCUCGCCUCCUCUUAUGAAAAAGGCUUUAUGAGCCCUGGUGCACGUAAAUCGCUCUCCGGUCUUGCAUCGUCGCGAACCCCUCAUCAGGGAGACGUGAAAAGUGCGCCUCCCGUCCGUAAUAUGUCGCUUCCGAAUAACCUGAGUGUAUCCAAAGCUGCGCCACCACGGAUAAAUCGCCUUCACAUCUGCGAAUGUUGUCCAAAGAAACCGAAGAAGUUCGAGACCGCUGAGGAAUUACUCGCUCAUGAAAUGGAGAAACAAUAUACUUGCCAGUUUUGCAACAAGCGCUUCAAAAAUAAGAAUGAGGCUGAGCGACAUCAAAACUCCCUUCACCUGCGGCGACAUUCCUGGUCAUGUGCUGCAUUAUCCGGCGUUGAAGCUGCUUUCCACCCAUCUGUUUCCGCAAACUGUCAAUCCCCUACGGGACCUUCCCAUGACACCUGUGGAUAUUGCGGUGACGAGUUCGCCAACUUUCCACAACCCGACUGGGAUCGGCGAAUCGAUCAUUUGACUAGCGUGCACAAAUUUGGAGAAUGCAACCAGGCGAAGAAAUUUUAUCGGGCAGACCAUUUUAGACAGCAUCUAAAGCACAGCCACGCGGGCGCAAGUGGGAAGUGGACAAAUAUAUUGGAAAAUGCAUGCAUGAAAGAAGAGUCAUCAACGGAGGGUGGACUUGCUAGCAUUGGAGAGCACAGCGGGCGGAGUCCUGAAAACCAGAUUGGGGAGAAUGGAAACAUGGAUAUUGAAAGUGGACCAACCAACGGGACACGCAUAUCGCAUACGAUUGAUGAGGUAAUGGAAGAGCCAUGAUAGUCUUCAGGGUUAUUUAUCUGACUAUCUCCUGGCAUUUGCAAAUACAAAAAGGAGGUGUAUGUGUUGCUUAUGUUAUACGUUUUGAGUUUUGCUUGGAAGUUUGGUUUCAUAUUGACUGGUUCUCUCACCAAUGAUGAAAUCUCUGUUCUAUCCGAUUCUAGCAUGUUGCCUGUUUUCCCUACGGCCGUCUUCCAUCUUUCUAGAAAUUCCCUCCUCGAUGAUGCAGCGGUUCAGUUUUCUCUUUCCUGUUUGACUGCUCUCUUGGUCCGUGUCUUCAUCUUUCAAUUCCCUUUCCCUUUGCUCUUUCUUGUUUUAAUGCUAGUUUCCUCAGGUUGGGAUUGGGGUUUGUUUUCAUUUUUAUUCAUAUACGGCUGGCUUUGGUCGUCUUUCCUAUCUGUCUACGGUAUAGUCUCUUUGCCAUUGUUAUUUAUGUUUUCCUACCUACACUUACCGUACCACCUAUCCAUAUUUUCACUGAUUAUCCUAAUUCAUCUGCCCAUCAUCAUGUUCCCUCCGCCUCAUUUAGCCCUUUUCUGCUAGCGUUUCCCCCCCCCCAAAAAAAAUUACUUUUGCACCGGUGCAUUUCAUUAUACGGUAUGUAUACACCAGCCCUUGAUAAUUCUUUUUCCCACCAUAUCCUCGUCCUCCUAUCGCCAUAUACCUACACAUAUAUCCAUAAAUGGCCUGAUUAGAUCAUACAUCCCCUCACCCUUACUCCUUUUUUUCCCCGCCCGGUUUAUUUACCUUCCGAAGGGGGGAAAGCUUAACUGUUUCCGCUUAUUCUAUAUUUUUGGCUCGCCCCUUAAUGUUCUCGUCUCCUCGCUUAUUCUCUACCUUCCGUGCCACCUCCUUUAUUCCCAUACACUAUCCUCUCUGCCUCCAUUUGCAUAUGUUUGUAUAUAUUAUCCCGUUCAUUGCGUAUAUAUACCCUAAUUAACCAUAACAAAUGCCUGUUUUACACGGAACAUUUAAUAUAUUUUCUUUGCCUCCUCGUUAGCUUUGAUAUCUAUGAUUACUCUGAGUUUUGUCGGAGGAGGCUAAAAGGACGGAAUAAAAGAAAGCAGGAGCAAUAUCUAUCUAUCUUCAUUUCGUGAUCGCUAUGUUAGCAUGUAAGAUUUUUUAGAUUGAGGAAGCUCUGUUCGACGGGAGACUGUCUCUAGGUUUUUGGUUUUGAUUUUCUUUAACCCAAAUCUAUUUCUCUCAACCUGCGCAAUGAUGUUCAUUAUGCGCUUCUCUCUCAUCCCUUCCCCCCCACUUUUCGCUUUUAUUUUUCCGAUACGAGUUUAAAUUUCAAUCCCUUGAUCUCAUAUUAAAUGCAAAGCACCAACGAGCCUUCGGUUGGAUACACCCGUUUAGACAAGUUUUCACUUAGCUAGCUAUAACCUAGAGAACGAUUCGAGAAAUUAAUUUUAUAUUUAAUUUCAUUCAUAA